UUACGUUAACCAAUAGAAGAGCAACAAAGAUUCGCGCGAAGUAAACGUAAAUGAAAAAGGUGAGGAUGCGCAAUGGGGAAUCGAGUGGUAGGGGAAGAGAUGAGACUGACUAUAGAGGGAGUAGUAGGUAGAGGGACAGAGAUGGACUACGUCAGCCAAUGAACAUGAACGAGAAACGGAGAAAGAGAGAAAGAAAAAAAAACAAUACAACAGAGAAUGGGAUGCGAUGGCGGUCGGGUAUAGGCAGGGGUAGGUCUUACUAAGCGGACAACCCGCCAGCAGCAUUAGCAGGUAUGGCGAUGAAACACACACGGGAAGUCCAUCGUCGCGUCACAAUGAACGAGUGAAUCUAACGCCCUCGAGGUAGCUGUGAUCGCCACGGGAUCGAUCAGGACAACGCUAAAAAGACGCGAUCACAAGGAAAAACGCGUGACCAAUGCGCGGAACAUGUGAUAGAAACACGAAAGGUGCUGAUUCGAUGACAUGUAUUGUCUCGUGAGCGUGGUACUCGUGGUCGUGAUCGGUUCACUCGGGACAAAUGAUCCGCGUGCAGUGUUCGCCUACACCGACAGUACAACAAAUUUAAUCAGCGUCGCAAAGUGUUGCGAGCCUGAUGAACUGCUCGUCGACGACACGUGCACGCCAUUAUCGAAGACAAACGAAACACAGUGGCAACCAGAAUUUAUCGAAGAAAAGGUGAACGGUAUUUCACGAAAUAGACCGGUAGAGCCUAAUUAUGAAUUAAAAAUUGGUCGACCAAAGUGUCAAUCGAACGAACGCCAAUGGGAUGUAUAUGAUCAUCGAUCGGGUGAAGAUCGAUUAGCUAUACUGACUACCGGUGUGCUACGACACUACACUACCGAUUCAACCAAAGAAUCGUACGAGAACGGCGGUGUUUAUGGAUUUAGACCUGUAGGAAUAACAGACGAGGAUGAAUUUGAUACUGUUUCCAUUCAUUAUGAUUAUCCAUUUGGACACUACUGCGCCGACAAAGCCAUAUGGAGCAAAGAUCGUCUAGCUACGUACGCGAUGAUCUGCGUACCUGAUAUAGUCGUUGGAUGGACCGACACGAAUUAUUUGAUGAGGCAUGCUAUCGAUCCCGCUUUCCACGCGAUAUCGAUAGCCAGUUACCUAGUUGUCGCGGUCGUCUACUUUGUUUUGCCGCAGUUGCGUGAUCUUGUGGGAAACAUGAUAACCAGUAUGACUCUAUGCCUUAUAGCUGGCCAAUGCGCUUCCACCGUACGAAUAUUUACGGAAUUCGGCAAUCACAUUAGUUUUAUGGUCGCCGAUACUGUAAUGUAUGUCUCCCUACUAGCUGCAUUUUUCUGGCUCAAUGCCUUGGGUUAUUAUGUGUGGAGUACUUUUCGUUCACGGAAUGUAUUCUUGCGGGUCACUGAUGGCAGAAAAUAUUGUUACUAUUCGUCAUACGUGUGGGGAUCGACGGUUUGUAUCGCAGGUACUGCGAUCUUUGCGCAUUUCGCACUAGAAACCAGCAAACCCGUCAUUGGAGGGGCUAUUUAUCCACCUCAAGAAACAAUUGGAUGGCUCGGUGUUUCUGUAUUAUUCACAUCCAUCGCUCUUACGAUACUGGUUGAUCUAAGCUUUGUGCUAACUACCGCAAACAGAAUCAAACGAAUGAUUACAUACGGCCGAAUUCAUCAUAAAAUGAAAUACAGUUUCCGAAUGUUCGUUUUUCUAUUUGUCUUGAUGAGCACCGGAUGGCUGUCAUUAUUACUGUCGCGACUCAAUUACGAUGUACUUGUAUAUUGUCAUAUCGUCAUAAAUUUGCUUCAAGCAAUUUUAAUAUUAUACGUUUGUGUUUUUGGACAAAAAAGAGUUACAUUUUUAUUAGGUAAAACAUGCAAUUGUUGCAACUCGGCAGAAAAUAUUGACGGUCUCGAUUGGGGAGAAGAGAUGACUGCCAUUAACGCGGGAUAUUGAAACCUGUUUAAUUUUUCUUCGUACUUUAGAUACUUAAAGCGAGAGAAAGGUUUAACUAAGCUAGAGAUGGGCUAUAUAUAAUGCAACUAAGGAUUAAUGAUUACAAUUAAAAUAUUUUACCAAAACUUUUUACGGUAAAUUCGUUUUUAACAUAUCAAUUAAACAUUUUAAUUAUUAAUGCCCAACUCUAAUUAAAACCAAGCGUGUUCAUCUUCUAAAGUACACAGAGUAAAUUAUAAAAAUAUAGAAUACCAUAUACUUUUAAAUCUACAAGAUAUAUUCAAUAUUUUACUUUUUGUAAGUUACACUGUGUAAAUCGAGUUAAACUCGUUUGAACUUGGAAAUUCAUAUGAAUAUAGAACAAAACACAUAAGAUCAUGUUAACAGUAUUACAUACACAAUGUGACCUUAAUGACCAAAUCACCUAUUGAAGUGACAAUGUUGUUCUAAUGUAAAUGGCAACAGAACAGAUUAAAAUAUUGUAUAUAAUAUUUACCUCAACAGCAUAAAAAAAUAGUUUUCUUUUCAAUUGUUUUGAAACGCAAAUGUUUAUAAUGGUAUGUGCCUUAAAAAAAUAUUGCUUUUGCCUUAUGGAAUUGUGCACUUAUUAGAAAUAUUCUUAAUAAAUUCAUACUACAAAAUACACACGCGCCUAACAUUUUAUAAAUACUAUCAUCUCAUCUAUUAUCUUAUAGUGAUAGUGUUAUCAUUUAAAUCAUUUUUUUAGUUUUAAGAUAUUCACCUAGUAUUUAUAUUUGUAUAGACAUGAAAUUUUUGUACAGAAGCUGUAUCAUCUCAAUAUACUCUUAUAAAAUAUAUCUUUCAGUCAUUUA